CACGAAUUUCCAUUUGGCAGAUGGGGGCUGACAAUGGUUUUUUACUUGGCACUUGGUUUUUUUCAUUUUGGCGCAAGCCAUAUUUUCAAUUUGGCAUUGGAUGGAUUAUAUUUUGGUACUCUCAAAAUUCUGACCUUAUACAUAACAAACCAAACAAUAACAAAUUGCACACAAUAUAAUAUUUCAUCUCUGUUAUAUACCACAAAUGGUCUACCUGUGUGCAUUUUAAUUAGUUUGAUAGUAUAGUACAGACACUACCUGUAUUAUCGAUGGCUAGAUCGGUAAAGCUUUCUUAUCUUUGGAACAAAAAACAACCAGAUAAAUAAUAGAGAAAAAUCACUACCGGGAAUCCACUCCACCAACGUUAC